AUACACACAUGCUUCUCUCAUUUUUUACUUAUAUAAUCAUUCAUUUUCAUGAGGCCGACUCAUAGAUAUAUUAAGACACUAAACAAUUCCUUUUUUUUUUUACAAUUUAAACACAUCCCAUGAUUCUCCAUUACUUCUUUUAUUUUAUGUAAUACAAAUAUUUUUGUUUUGUGCUUUUUCAUAAUCCAAAUAAAAUGGAAAAUUUCUGGUCUUUUUAUUCAAAACAACAAACCAACACUAAAAAGAGUGUUGAUUUGUCAUCUUGUUUGCUUGUAGAAGCCUCUGGUGAUUCUGAAGUUGAUUUUCAAUCUGAUCCUAAUCUACCCUUUUUCAAAUUUGAUGAUGAUGAUGCGGAAUCUUGGAGCUGUGAUGUUUCAGAUUGUUCCUGUGCUGAAAUUAGAGCAGAAGCUUAUGUUAAUGGCGGUGUUCUUGAUUUUAGGAAUAAUGUUAAAGAGCAAAAUCAAGAAGAGAAAUUUAAAGAUGAAGAUGAUGAGGUUCGGUUUUAUCAGAAAUGGGUUGAUCAGAAAUCUUGUGUUUCUGAAGAAUCAACUAAUGAACCCAUUAAUGAAAUGGAAAGGAAUAAGCUUUUCUGGGAGGCUUGUUUGGCUUCUUGAUCCUUCCUUCGCAUAGGUAGCACGGAACGGAAAACGGGGCAUUUGCACAGUCGGCGUAAUGGCGUUAUUUUAAGAUUUUUUAUGUUAAAAUUUGAAGUUUCGUACGAAACAUUAAGUGUCCGAUGCGUUCUCGAAACUGAAAAUGUUGACUGAGUGAAGUGUCCGUGCAACCUAUUUCUUCAUUUCUGGUUCUUUCUUCAAUUUUCUAUUUAUUUUAUGGGUUUUUUAGAAUAUAAUUAAUUGUAAGUAAUUAUAUUUCUUCUGUGUAUCCUCUGGUUCAUAGAGAGGAGAGAAGAAAGAGUUGGUUAAAUUAAUAUCCAACUCUUGAAUGAUAAAACAAGUGUACAAAUGCUAUGCAUUAUAAUUGUUCAUCUUUUAUUA